GAGCGGCGGCCUGGGCGGGGGGGCCGCGUCCCCGCCCGCCGCCUCCCCGUUCCUGGGGCUGCACAUCGCGUCGCCGCCCAAUUUCAGGCUCACCCAUGACAUCAGCCUGGAGGAGUUUGAGGAUGAAGACCUCUCAGAGAUCACCGAUGAGUGUGGCAUCAGCCUGCAAUGCAAAGACACCCUGUCCCUACGGCCCCCGCGCGCUGGGCUGCUGUCUGCGGGUGGCGGCGGCGGCGGCGCGGGGAGCCGGCUGCAGGCGGAGAUGCUGCAGAUGGACCUGAUCGACGCGGCGGGGGACACUCCCGGCGCCGAGGAUGACGAGGAGGACGACGAGUUGCGCGCGGCACGGCGGCCGGGAGCAGGACCGCCCGAGACCGAGUCUGGCCAGGAGCCCGCCCCCCGCAUCCAGAGCCAGGGCCCGGGCAGCGGCGACACGUACCGGCCCAAGCGGCCCACCACGCUCAACCUCUUCCCGCAGGUGCCGCGGUCUCAGGACACGCUGAAUAAUAAUUCUCUCGGCAAAAAGCACAGUUGGCAGGAUCGGGUGUCUCGAUCGUCCUCACCCCUCAAGACAGGGGAGCAGACACCACCCCAUGAACACAUCUGCCUGAGCGAUGAGCUGCCGCCCCAGGGCAGCCCCGCCCCCACCAAGGACCGUGGCACCUCCACCGACAGCCCUUGUCGCCGCAGCGCUGCCACCCAGAUGGCACCUCUGGGUGCCGCCCCUGCUGCCACCCCUGGAGGCCUGGGCCACUCCCAUCGGGACCGAAUCCACUACCAGGCAGAUGUGCGGCUGGAGGCCACAGAGGAGAUCUACCUGACACCAGUGCAGAGGCCUGCGGACCCUGCUGAGCCUGCCUCGGCCUUCCUGCCUCCCGCGGAGAGCCGCAUGUCCGUCAGCUCCGAUCCUGACCCUGCCGCCUACCCCUCCGCAGCGGGCCGGCCCCAUCCCUCUAUCAGCGAAGAGGAUGAGGGCUUCGACUGCCUGUCAUCCCCGGAGCGGGCCGAUCCACCAGGUGGAGGGUGGCGAGCGAGCCUGGGGGAGCCACCCCCACCCCCACGGGCCUCGCUGAGCUCGGACACCAGCGCCCUGUCCUACGACUCGGUCAAGUACACGCUGGUGGUGGACGAGCAUGCCCAGCUGGAGCUCGUGAGCCUGCGGCCGUGCUUUGGAGACUACAGCGACGAGAGCGACUCAGCCACUGUCUACGACAACUGCGCGUCGGCCUCCUCGCCCUACGAGUCGGCCAUUGGGGAGGAGUACGAGGAGGCCCCCCGGCCCCGGCCCCCCGCUUGCCUCUCAGAGGACUCCACGCCCGACGAGCCUGACGUCCACUUCUCCAAGAAAUUCCUGAAUGUCUUCAUGAGCGGCCGCUCGCGCUCCUCCAGUGCCGAGUCCUUCGGGCUGUUCUCCUGUGUCAUCAACGGGGAGGAGCAGGAGCAAACCCACCGGGCCAUAUUCAGGUUUGUGCCUCGACAUGAAGACGAACUGGAACUAGAGGUGGAUGACCCCCUCCUGGUGGAGCUGCAGGCUGAGGACUAUUGGUACGAGGCCUACAACAUGCGCACCGGUGCCCGCGGGGUCUUUCCUGCCUACUACGCCAUCGAGGUCACCAAGGAGCCUGAGCACAUGGCAGCUCUGGCCAAAAACAGUGACUGGGUGGAUCAGUUCCGGGUGAAGUUCUUGGGCUCCGUGCAGGUUCCCUAUCACAAGGGCAAUGAUGUCCUCUGUGCUGCUAUGCAAAAGAUCGCCACCACUCGCCGGCUCACCGUGCACUUUAACCCGCCCUCCAGCUGUGUCCUGGAGAUCAGCGUGAGGGGUGUGAAGAUCGGCGUCAAGGCCGAUGACCCCCAGGAGGCCAAGGGGAAUAAAUGUAGCCACUUUUUCCAGCUAAAAAACAUCUCUUUCUGUGGAUACCAUCCAAAGAACAACAAGUACUUUGGGUUCAUCACCAAGCACCCUGCUGACCACCGGUUUGCCUGCCACGUCUUUGUGUCUGAAGACUCCACCAAAGCCCUGGCAGAAUCCGUGGGGCGCGCAUUCCAGCAGUUCUACAAGCAGUUUGUGGAGUACACCUGCCCCACCGAGGACAUCUACCUGGAGUAGCGGCCACCCGCCCUCCACGCCCCCAGACCAUGCAGGACAGCAGCUGUGGACAGGACCUGUGCGGCUAGGGAGGGACACGGCCCCCACCAGAGGAUGGGAAGUCGGGGCGGGGGUGCCAGGAGAGCGGCCUGGUCUGUUGUAACAGAAUUGUAACAUACGGCUCAGAUCCAUCCAUGGAGGACAGAGCGGGCUGCCUGGGGACAGGAGGGGCAGGGCUGGGGCUGCUGCCUUCUGGUCGCAAAGGGUGUCCCUCCUGGGGACAGAGGCGCUGCUCUGCCCUGGGCCUUACUUCCCCUGCCGGGGCCCUGGCUCCUGCCUUGACAAAGCCCACGCCACCUGCAAGUGCCCGCUGUCCCCCGUCCCCAGCCCCUCCCAGAGCCCUGAGCUCAGGCCGAGCCCGGCCACCUCCCAAGGACGUUCCAGGGCGGAAAUGGCAGAGGGCGGAGGUGAAGUCGCUGCUCUCCGUCCGCGCUGAGGGGCUGUGGGCGGCUCGCACCUCCGGCCCUGGCACGCGGGCCCCGCCAGGGAGAGGCGGCCUCUGACUGGCCUCGGCCAGCCCCACCAUGGUCCUGUCACCCUGGCCACGUCUAUUAAAGUGCCAUUUCCUGUCUGGA